GCGAUCAAACCGUGUGCAUGUAUGUUGGUACUGAUCGAUGCCAAGUUGUUAACCACAGCACCCACAGGUACCUGCAGCGUUUUGAAGCCGCCACUGUGAGGUAAUUCCGUUUCCGCUGCACUGGUAGCAAAGCUGCCAUAUUCCUGGAGGAGGCUGGCAGCAGAGAGAGGCAUCGAGAUUCGGCUUUCGCGAGUUUCUGCGCUGCGAAACCAAGAGACGUUGCUUGCAGGGCGGAGGUCACCUUGCUUUCGUAUCCAGCGCAGGCUGCAGCAGGACGGGAUCAGCUCACUCUGAAGUGCCCCGAUGGCGAAGAACACCCUAUCGUCGCGGUUCAGGAAGGUAGAUAUCGACGAGUAUGAUGAGAAUAAAUUCGUGGACGAGCAGGAGGAAGCGGCCGAGCAACAGGGGCCGGACGAGGCCGAGGUGGACAGCCUCAUCAGGCAAGGGGACAAUAUGGCAGCUUUUCACGCAGCCUUGCGGAAUCCUCCAGUCAACACCAAGAAUCAGGCAGUGAAGGAGCGUGCCCAGGGAAUAGUUCUCAAAGUCCUUACGUCUUUCCGAAGUAGUGAGAUAGAGCAGGCUGUGAAGUCAUUAGACAAGAACAGUGUUGACUUAUUAAUGAAGUACAUUUACAAAGGCUUUGAAAGGCCUUCAGACAACAGCAGCGCAAUCUUACUGCAGUGGCAUGAAAAGGUGUUUGCAGUAGGUGGAUUAGGCUCUAUAGUAAGAGUCCUCACGGCACGAAAGACUGUUUAAAAACUCGGACUAUACUUUGACCCGAGAAGAAAGAAAUGCUAUCAAGAAGAGACGGAUAGAACGGUUCGAGGAGGAAAAAGAUUUAUAUGACAAUACUGCAUUCUUCCACAAAUGAAAAUUUAUGGAAAUGUAUGAAAAUAAUAUUUUGUGAGAAAAAAAAUGUAUGUUGGAAUGAUUUUUAGCGAAUAAGGUUGUGAGGGGAAGUCUACUGUAUUGCUGUACAUUUUUUUUUAAUCAUAUGCAAGAUCUUGCACAUCCUCGCAUUCCCUUACCAUUAUUUUUGUUUUUACUUUACAAUAACGUAAAUAUGACAAUUUAAAGGUUGACAAAACUGACAGGCUGUUUGUAGCCAAUGUUUUACAAACAGUCCCAGUGUGUGCCAUCUAAACGGGGCAUAAGCUGAAGUACUGUAUGGGGUGUGGUAGUGUUUUAUUUGGCGGAUGGCAGUUUUGAGGGCUUUAUUUAAUGCACCCCCCCCCCCCCCCCCCUCCCUCCCCCCUCCCCCUAUAAUCUCAUUUUACUGGGGUGAUUUCAUUGUAAAGUGCCUGCUGAAAUAAAGCUCUUGGAUCAUC